AUGGGCCGUAAUGGAUACGACGUAGAAAUCUUCGGCAUGGAAGGUAUCCCAGCUGCAGAUGUAGCAGCAUACAAGCGGAAAAAGGAACAAGAAUUCGGCUUACCUGUAGGCUAUUUUGGCAACAAGACAGGGGAGCAACAAAAGCCUGGCGCCAAACGCAAUUACGAGAACCGAAUAUAUACAUUUGAGGAGCUACGAGGGAUGAUAGAAACCCACAAACAACUAAUGGGUCGAGAAGAUGACAACAAGAUGGAUACGACCGCGGACGCAUCCGGUCCAGUUCUCCACGCCGCUCCUCAAACAUACGCUGUUCCCCCAAUCAUGCCUGGUAUGCAACCUUCUUUACCUGGACUUGGCAUGCCGGGAAUGCCGCCGUUGUCGAUGACCGGCCCUCCUGGUGCUCCUCCAGUCCCAAUUGGAAUGUCCUUCCCUCCAGGAGGUGGUCCUCCGGGUGGUUUGCCUCCUGGUGGCAUGCCUCCAGGAUUACCACCCUUUCCUCCAACUGGUCUUCCCACUGGUAACACUUCUGGCCAACCUCCCUUCCCACCAGGCAUGCUACCACCUGGAAUGAUGCCACCAGGAUUUUCAGGACUACCACCCCCCGAAGCACUUGGAGGUCUCCCUCCGCCGUCCGCACUAUCCAAACCAAACGCUGGGGGACAACCUCCUGCCGCAGCACUAGCUGGGGGCCCGGGACUCCCUAUGAAUGUAUCUGGUCUCACGCCUGGCCUCGCAAGUCUACCACCACCGUCCGCACUUGCAGGAGGGAUGCAUCCACCCACAUCCAUCAGCAAACCACCUGCGAGCGCUUUACUUUCGUCAACCGGAUCUAAUCCAGCGUCGCCGAAUAAGAAACCGAUGAUGGGAUCACGACCUUCUGCUCCUGCUGCCGCUUUCGAUCCCGUUGCUUGGGGUCUAAAGGCUGGUACUGUUCUGGAAUGGGAGGACAUGAAUUUCAGUCCACUCGAAAGACGUGCAGAAGAUCCGACAUACAGUCAAAGAGAGGACGUGGAGAUGGCCGAUCCUACACCAACGGGAAGAGUGACACGAGCCAGAGCGAAAGCGCAGGACUUCCUAGACUAA